CUUCAUUUUGCCCAGACAGAUGCUUGCGCUGCGAUCCAACUACGGCAGCGAUUCAGACGAGUCGGACGGCGAGCAGGAGCGGUCGUCGGCGUCGACCAGCGCACCGCCAGCGUCGUCGUCGUCGUCAUCAUCAACACCAUCCUCAUCCUCAUUCUCAUCGUCGAGUGCCGCUGUGCCGCUCGCUGUUCUGCCCAUGCUGUCCACAUCCGCACUCGCGCCUGCAGUCGUCUCAAAGCGCGAGAUGCUCGGCCAGAGCGCAAUGUCCCGCCUCGGCGCAGGCGACCAUGAAGUCUACUACAACCCGCGCGUGGACGAGCUGUAUGCAGCCGAGCAAGGUCCUGCAAAGCCAGGGCUGACGCAGCAGACUGCUGCCCAACGAAACGUCCUGACUGGUUUCGUCGAAGAUGCAGAAAUGUCCCACUUUUCAUUCGAGCAGCAGCGUCGCACGUUCAAUAGCUUUGGCUAUGCGGCCAAUCCGUCGGCAACGGCUGGAAAUUUGAGCCAAGCCAACCCGCUCGUCGUCCGACAGGCACAGCGAGAGACUCAGGCACGCUCCAUCCACAAGGAUCUCCAAAAGUUGUUAGAGUCCACAGAAGACAGCGGAGGUCUGUCGGCCGAAGUGGGUCCCACAUCCGCCAUGCUCUUGUCCAACAUUUCGCCUGCUGUCGCCGCGAUCAAGGAGCAACUUGCACAGCAGCUGGCCAACGCCUCGCACCCCGACGAACUCCCCAACGUCAUGGAUCCUGGCGUGCGAAAGAAGCACGCCGAUGUUCGCAAGAAGGAAGACCGCGGCGAUAUUGAAGCAAAUCCGACCGAAUACAAAGGCCCGUGGCGAAAAUUCGUCGACCAGAACGAGAGCACAAAGCCAACGGCAGAGCAGGCUGCCGUUUUGGAAGAGUAUGCCAAGUUUCGAGCGGCCAACUCUCGGCAACGGCGCAAGCCCGGCCAGGAUCAGCAGGAGGAAGAAGCCCCCGCAACCAUUGACGAAAAGUGCACCAUCCACUUCCAGGAGGUCGACUAUCAAGGCCGCAACUUUAUGUCCGCGCCACGCGAUCUCGAGGUCAAUCUCGAAUCGUCCGAGCCGCCAGAAAAGUGCUUCAUGCCAAAGCGCAUCGUGUACUCUUGGACUGGACACACCAAAGGCGUCAACGCCAUUCGCUUCAAUCCUGGCUCUGCGCAUCUUAUUCUUUCUUGCAGCAUGGACUCGAAGAUCAAGCUGUGGGAAAUGUAUCACAAACGUCGCUGCAUCAUUACAUACUCGGGUCACGAGAAGGCAGUGCGAGAUGUCUGCUUCAACAACGAUGGCACAAAGUUCCUGAGUGCCAGCUACGACAAAUAUGUCAAGCUCUGGGAUACUGAAACAGGACAAUGCAUCAGUCGCUUCACAAACAAGAAAGUGCCAUAUUGCGUCAAGUUCAACCCAGACGAAGACAAGCAACACUUGUUCAUUGCAGGAUGUGCAGACCGCAAGAUUGUUACGUACGAUGUCAAUUCUGGUGAAGUUGUGCAAGAAUACGAUCGCCAUUUGGCCGCCGUCAACUCGAUUACUUUUAUUGACGAAAACCGCCGAUUCGUCUCGACCUCGGAUGACAAGAGCAUUCGCGUGUGGGACUGGGACACUCCCGUUGAUAUCAAGUACAUUGCCGAUCCAGGAAUGCACUCUAUGCCGGCGGUCGCUGUCCAUCCCAACAAAAAGUGGAUGCUCAUGCAAUCGAUGGACAAUACCAUCAACGUAUACUCGACGCGAGACAAGUUCCGCGCGCACAAAACCAAGAACUUCCGAGGCCAUCUGUCUGCCGGCUACGCAUGCCAGCCUGACAUGUCACCGGACGGCUCCCAUGUCAUUUCUGGCGAUGGCGAAGGCAAGCUGUGCAUCUGGGAUUGGAAAACGUGCCGCUUGCUCAAAAAGAUGCGUGGCCACGACGGUGCGUGCGUUGGAGUGCUGUGGCAUCCACACGAAAAGUCCAAGGUGGUUUCUUGCGGCUGGGACGGCAACAUUCACCUUUGGGAUUAGAGCUUCAUCUGGGUCUGGCUUGUUUUGUUGCUGUUUUGGUUCCUGUGUCUUUUUGUGUUCUCAUUGGUUGUUUUGCCGCUGUCGCUUCAGUGAUUUUUGUUUGUUUUUACAAAACAAAAGUGAUUCAUUCUAAGGCAUUGCUGCUUGGACGUUGAGGUGAUAGAU